UAACAUACACAUAUACCUGGCGAUGAUCGUACGAAUCGCCGCGAGGAAAUAGCUGCGUGAAAUGCGAGGAUGCGAGAGGAUACUUUUUCGUGUGCACAGGGAAACCGAAACCGGAAUAUCUUGGCGUGAUAUUCAAUGCGUUACCACGAAUAUACGACAUACUUCACGGGAGACACUCGCGAGAUGUCCACGCGUCGUGUCACGCAUCACUUUGACGUUCGACCGCGGAAUCUGAGCACUUGCGAUUAUCGGAGUAUCAAAGCGAGUCGCGGUCGUCACGUAACAAUAGCUCUAGUAACGAUGUUCGACUAGUUCCGUGUUUACGUCGCGUGUUUGUUGUUGCCUAGAUCUAAGGCGGGCGCGAAAAAAAUUUGGCCGCGUCUGAUGCAAUAAAAAAGUUACGCACGUCGUUAGUAUCGGUGAGAGAUUCGUUUUUAUGUGUGCGAAAUGUUAAGCGAACGAUGAGAUUCUCCUCAAAUAUUUCACGUCGUUAUUUUUUGGCCAUUGCGCAAUAUUAUCAUCAGGUGAACUUGCUGCACGCCGAUACACACGCAUCAUUGCAAUUUUACCUAACCGUGACUAUGUUCGCAGAGGUAUAUGUGUAUGUAUAAUAAUCACAAUCCAAUCGGUGGGAGUCGCACGAGAAAUUUACACAUAUGAAUAUUAAAAAUUGUCGAAAACUGAAAAAAAUAACUUGCAAAUGAAGCAUAUAACUAGGCAAAAAGUGAUUCUGAAAUGCGUGUAUAUACAUAAUUCUUGUGGACAUGUCUCUAAAAAAAUGAAGAGGAAAAAUUUUCUGCUCUUCUUUCAUCGAACGGACAAGUUUAUAUGAGAUAUUUUGAGAGGAAAUUGUGCAAUAGGGUCGGAGGAGACUGAAGAGAGACGGAGCAAGACGUAAUUUCAGACUCUGGAGCUGACUCUGAAAAGAUCGAGGAAAGCGGCAGCGGCCGUUCCUCUGGUGAACAUCAGCGUCGUGGAAGGAAGGCCCGCCGAAUUACCGUGCGACAUCACUCCUCCCGGCGAAGACACGCUGCACAUGGUUUUCUGGUUUAAAGACGAAGCCGGAGUACCGCUGUAUACGAUCGACGCGCGAGAUAAACCAGUGACGAAGGCACGGCAUUCAUCGGACGCCGGCGUUUUCGGUCCACGGGCCUUUUUCCGAACCACUUUUCCGAGCCCGGCGGUCCUGGUGAUCGACGAUAUAAAGCGGCACGAUGCGGCGACAUACCGAUGCAGAGUGGAUUUCCGGAAGGGUCAGACGCGCAGUUUCCGAUACAAUUUGACCGUGAUCGUUCCACCGGAGCAGCCAACCAUCUUGGAUCGGUGGGGUCGCAUCUUGAACGGCACAGCUGGCCCUUACGAGGAAGGCGAUGCACCGUAUCUCACGUGUCGCGUCACGGGCGGUAAGCCGCAGCCCAUGGUCAGAUGGCUCGUAAAUGGCCGGGUGAAAGACGAGGAGUACGAAAAUAAUGCUGGUGAUGUAAUCGAGAACAGAUUAACGCUACAGCCCAUCAGCCGGUCUGAUCUCGGCUCAAACUUUACCUGCGAAGCGCGCAACACGGAUUUGGUGGACGCGAAGGAAACCUCGAUUAUUUUGGAUCUUAAUCUGAAACCUCUAGCUGUGAUCAUAAGAAGGCCGGGCAGGAAAGGAAUCGGCAACGAGUCCCUCCUAGCGGGGAAGCGAUACGACAUGGAGUGCGAGACUACUGGUUCAAGGCCACCCGCGGUGAUAACCUGGUACAAGGGCCGGAGAAGACAGCUGAAGCACACGACGGAGGAAAGAUCGGAGAAUCGAACCGUCAGCACGGUGGAGUUCGAGCCGGGUGUGGAGGAUCAUGGGAAAUCUAUCACCUGCCGGGCGGAGAAUCCAAACGUGACCGGACUCUUCGUCGAGAAGUCCUGGAAGAUCGACGUCGUGUAUCCGCCGAUAGUAUCGUUAAACCUCGGAUCGACCUUAAGCCCAGAAGACAUUAAAGAAGGGGAUGACGUGUACUUUGAGUGCCACAUUAGAGCCAAUCCUCCCUGGUCCAAGCUCAUCUGGAUACACGAUAAUCAAAUCCUGGCGCAUAACACGUCGGCAAGGAUCAUCUGGUCGAAUCAGAGCCUCGUCUUGCAAAGCGUGACGAGAAGCAGCGCCGGUCGUUACGUUUGCGCAGCAACGAACGACUUGAACGAGACGCGCAGCGAGCCGCUGCACUUUCGAGUUAAAUUCGCGCCGGUGUGCAAGGAGGACCGGAUCAUAGUGGUCGGCGCGUCGAGGGGCGAGUCGCUCGACAUCGCCUGUAGGGUCGAGGCCGAUCCGCCGGCGCACAAUUUCCGGUGGAAAUUCAACAACAGCGGCGAGACCCUAGAGGUAGCACCUGGUAGGUUCUCCAUGGAGAAGUCGAGCGGCGUCAGCGUGUUGAGAUACACACCGACCACCGAGCUGGAUUACGGUACCCUCUCGUGCUGGGCGGACAAUCUCGUCGGUACCCAAUCCAGGCCGUGUCUAUUCCAGCUGGUAGCAGCGGGAAAACCGUUUCCGGUGCGCAACUGUACCUUGGCGAACCAAACGUACACCAGCGUGGAGGUGAAGUGCGUGCCGGGAUACGACGGUGGCCUCCCGCAGAAAUUUGUCCUGGAGGUCUAUCACGGCGAUGUCGACUUCCUCACCAGCAGCCAACCUCUCUAUAACGUUUCCAAUCCGGACGAACCAACUUUCGCCCUCGCCGGGUUGGAGGCGUCGGUCGAGGCUGGGGUCCACGUGGCGGUGUACGCUGUCAACGCUAAGGGACGAAGUCAACCCGUCACCCUCAGCGAGGUCACUUAUCGCGAUGCCGAGAAACGCACCGGUCAGGAUGCCAGCAUGGUAUUAUCACCGCUGAUAGGUGUGGUGGUCGGCGCUCUGGUGACUCUGGUCCUCAUCAUCCUGAUCGUGGUGAUCAGAGUGCGUCGAGAGCGCGUGGCGAAACCGCGGCACGAGAAACCGGCGGAACUCAGCGAAUUACCGCCCCAACAAUACCCCAUGCAGAAUUCCCAGCAGACCGUGGAGACUGAUCCCGAUGUGAUCCCGAACAAGUUCGAGGGUAAUCUCGUGGAGGUCAGCCCGCCGAGUUACCCGGGCGGUUAUCCCCCGGGACACUGGGUCACGCCUGGACCUACGCCAAGCAUAGACGAGCUUUGCCACAAGUUCACGGGGAGGCCGACGGAGCUGAGGUUACCGUCGAGGAGCACAAUAUCGAAUCUGCCGGGGAUGCCGGUGACGGGGGUGAUGGUGGGCGCCGGUCAAGGCGUCGUCAUCGGCGGUGCCCAGGGUGUCGUCGUGGGUGGCGGUCAGGGCGUUAUCGUGGCCGGCGAGUGCCUCGACGGCGAGGCAAUCAAGCGAAGACUGAUGGCCAACAGACUACCGGAGAGCUGCGUCUAGAAGCGAGGCUCGUCCACAGGUGACGUGGUGUCGUCGUCGUCGUUGUCGUCGUCACCCUGAUAGCAAUCGAGAGAUGUACCUAUCGCGAGACCCAGGCGAAAGACAAACUCGAAGAACACUUGUCAACGUAUCCAAGAGCAAUUUUACAGAGAGAAAGAGAGAGAGAAGUCCUGUCGAGGAAGCGUUUACGUUGUCCGUUUUCUUGACAGCCGUCUAUUAGCUUUAACGUGUGUUUACGAUACGGCGCGAUCGACUCGACGAAACUUGGUGGAGACGAUGGGGUUCGAGCGAUCAAUAGCAGGUCGGGAUUACGUGUCGCGGAUCGUGCAUUAUGUGUCUCGCGAACGAUUGAUUCCACGCGAGCUGGUCCAAGUUCUCACAAUGCGAUUUCUCGCGGAAAUGGCUCACGAGAUUAGAGACACCGUACGUCGCCGAUUGUUUUCGAAACACAAUCGCGGCGAUCGUUACCUAGUUUUCUCUCCACGGGGCGAAGCGAGAGAAAGUAUGCGGAGAAGUCAACCGAAAACUUUUCACAAACUUCCCGUUUCCCUCCUUAUCCCCCACUUGCCUCGGUGGAAGGUAUCGCGAAGUUUUAACAUUCUGUCGUCUCCCGGUCGUUGACUUAACCGUCUUUGUUCCUCUCUUUGUUGCAAAUCAAAUGAUCUUCGACGGUGUCUUGUCGAAUGUUUCUUCGACGGAGUUCGCUUCUCUUCGUUGUAACGUUAUAAAGGAACAACCGCAAAUCGAAUGAAAAGAGAACCGAAUUUUUUGGCGAGACUCGCGAGAAAGCUACCUCGAAAUUGAACUGGCAGAUUGAAUAAAUACGUUUUCGGGAGAAAUAACUUUUCCGCACAUAAGAUUUUUGUUACGCAAAUAUUGAAAUCCCUCAUCUUCUAAUAUUAUAUAGUUUGUAGAAUUUUUUUCUAGCAAAUAAGUAAUUGAUUAUUUUUCCUCUUCUUUUCGUUUUUAGCUAAUUUAUUUUAUUGUAUAUUUCUUAGUUUCAGAGGCGACUUUUUCUCCAAAAUACAUUAAUCUUUUGCCUAUUAUUAUCUGUUGCUCUUUUUUGGUAUCUCCCCACGAACUUGUUAGCAUCUCUCGCGAUGUCCCUAAAUAAAUCUGAAUUCUACCGACGAGACGUUGGUCCGGAAGCAUCAGGCCGUGAAACACGAGAAAAGAUAAAAGGCUCUCGAACGAACCCUUUUUCCGAUGACUCGAAUGAAGACGAAUGGAGGAACCGCGCGAAAAUAUACCGGAAGGAUAGGGAGGGGGCGAAGAGCGGGGGAGGAGUACUCGGAGAGAAGAAAUCGGACGGAGAGGAAGGCGGAAUGAAAAGGGAAGAAAAGAAAUGCGCCCGAUGCCACUUCGGCCUGUGUGUAGUUUGAAGGCGUGAAAUGCAGUUUUAAGGUUGAACGAUCGGCUCCGAUAUCGCGAUAAAAAGCGAGAGAUGGGGGCGGAAAAACGCGCGGAGAGACACUGCGGGCAUCGAUAUAUGCCGUUUUAAAUUCCGAAUUCGAUAUUUCUGGGCACACAACUUUCGCGCGCGAUAUCGAAAAAUAGUAUCAAACUUGCACGUUCGCUCACGUGCUUGCGAAUAACGAUACCAUCAAAUUUCAUACAAUCUUCAACCCCCCGCCCCCUACCCCUCAAAAACAAAUGCUCACGAAUCAUCGACAAGGCGCGCAGCAACAUUGAAACAUCCUUAGAUCGCAUCGAUCGUAUUCUAUCUAUCUGUGUGUAUGAUACGACGUGCGAGUAAAUGAUUAAAUUAACAGGCAAAAAAGACGCAACUCCCUUUCUCCUCCUAUUCAGGGGAGAGGAUGAAUGCGAAUGUACCGAGCCGCGUAAUGUACAAAGCGAAACGAUUCUUAGAAAAUCAAGAAAAGGCGCGUGUUAUACUCUAUUGAUAAUUGUGUGUGUACGUGUGUGUGUGUGUGUGUGUGUGUGUGUGUGUGUGUGUGUGUGUGUGUACGUGUGAUAGAACAUUUGUAAAUUUUUCUACCGCUGAUAUGAGUUUUCUGUAUUCCCGUAAAAAUGUCGGAUAACUCUUAUGAGAUUAUCGAAUAUUCUCAAACGUUUUCAUCGAAAUACUCUUAGCCUGGAUGACGUAUGUGUGUGUGUGCGUGUGCGCGUGUGUAAAUAUAUACAUAGUUUAACGAGUUCUUUAUCGAAUCGUUAUUCGCGAUUUCGUUUGAUUCGCAACAGGGAGAGAAAGAGAGAGAGAGAGAAGGAGAAAGAAAAGAAGAAGAGGGACAGCACACGAUACGCGGUGUCCGCAAAUUUCUAUGCACGCGUGAAGGAAGCUUCACUAUAUAAGGAUGUUUGCAAAAACUGGUCUUCCACGUGACACUUGGCGACGAAAGUCAUGAAACUUCUCACGCGCGAGAACAGAACUAACGAAUCGACACGAAAAGCGUAUCGCUAAUGGAAUGAUGUAACGUGAACUUUGUGCUCGUGAAAAGUUCUCUCGCUUUGAAUGAUCGAAAGACUCCGUAAUGUGUAUAAACAAAAAAAAAAAAAAACAAGGAAAUACGAGUGAGAAAUCGACGAGUGAAUAACGAGUGUCGUAUAACAGCGCGUUAUCUCGUCGGGAUGCGAGAAGCGACCGACAUCGGAAUCGAUCGUUGAACGUGUCUAUUUUCGAUGUGUAAAAACGUUAAUGAUCAAGUACACACGAGAUACGAUUGCUCGUUAGCUAAUGUGUAUCGCUGUAUAUAUUAUCACAAAAGAGUCUGUAACGAUAAGUUGACGAACGUUCAAGUUUUCGAAAUGAUCGUCGAGCGCACCUGGUUUAAUUAUUAACGUUACAUUUCACCAGAGAAGUAUCGUUAAAAUUGUUUCCGCAACGAUUGUCAAGCGCCAUUUUACAGAGAUUUUUUAUUCUCUCCCCUCUAUGUUUUUCAAUGAUGCGCACAUAUCUUUUACGUCCGUGAGAAUCUGUUCGAAAUGUUUUAGGAUGAAUGACGGAGAGAGAUAUGAUAUAACAUAUUAAAACGGACCGAGGAUUAGAAGUAAAACAAAGCACUGCCCAUUCAUUUUGUAAAACGGGGUACGUCGGGGAUAUUAACACACAUACACAUACACACACACAUAUAUACACACGUAUGUGCGAGGAUUUUAUUCAGCGAGAGCGAGGAAGAUCGCCAAAGCAGGUACCGCAGAUAAUCGUGAGUUCUCGUUAUCGACGUAACCCAACCACCAAUCAAGUGCAAAAGAAAAAGAAAAGAGCAAACGCGUCACAAGCAAAUAAUAAUAGCGAGUAACGAUUGUACAUAAUCAGUUGUACGUAACGACGCGACAGAGUCCAUGUAAAUCGAUCGACGUCGUCGAAGGUUCACUGUAUAGGUGAUUUCAUAUCAGAUCCCCUCCCCCCGCAUAUCGUUUAACUAAAGUCGUAUGUAUAUACAUGACAUCAUGUUUUGAUCUGAAAUAAACUGUUUAAUUGU